CCCUCUCCUGUCCCGGGGGUUGGAGGAACUGGGCCAAUUGGCUCCGGAACUGGAGUUGUGCGGGGUCCGGUUUCCGAGGGGAAGGCUUAGGCCUGGGCUCCAGCCUAGAGACUUCCGGUUCCCGUUGGGUUCCCGGCCGCUGUCGCCAUGGAGGAGCCCGAGAUGCAGCUCAAGGGGAAAAAAGUGACGGACAAGUUCACCGAGAGCGUCUACGUCCUGGCCAACGAGCCGUCCGUGGCGCUCUACCGGCUGCAGGAGCACGUGCGUCGCUCUCUGCCGGAGCUGGCCCAGCACAAGGCAGACAUGCAGCGCUGGGAGGAGCAGAGCCAGGGCGCCAUCUACACCGUGGAGUACGCCUGCAGCGCCGUGAAGAACCUGGUGGACAGCAGCGUGUACUUCCGCAGUGUGGAGGGGCUGCUCAAGCAGGCCAUCAACAUCCGGGACCACAUGAACGCCUCUGCCCAGGGCCACAGGCUGAGAGUGUGCCCAAAUCCACACACCCCCGCCCAGCCAGCGCCCCGAGGCCUCCGACUUCACCCUUACCAAGCCGCGUGUUCUGUUCCAGCCCCGAGGAGCCACCCCUGCCCUCCUCGGCCUGAUCCAGAAAGAGACGGGGACCCUGGCCUCCCUGCCCAGGGUCCUUGCUGCCAGCUUCCCCGAGAUGUCCCUUGGGGCAUUGCUGAGUGACCUUCCAGGCCCCGGCCCCGUCCACCUCUCCAGCGCCAUGACCUCAGCCCUGUCCUGUGCCGCCAGAGAGGAAGCCAAGGCUCACGGUACUCGCAGCCCAGGGCCACCUUCCCCGGCCCGGCCUGGCCCCAGCUUCACGGUGUCCCCAGGUUCCAGGCGAGCCGGCCAGCAUGUUCCUCCCCUGAGGCCGCCUUGAGGCCCUGCCGCAGCGGUCCCCACUGCGGAUCUGCAGCCUGGGCUCCUGCCCACCCCGCCAGCCUUGGACUGGGCCCUUGGUCCCGCAGAGCAGCCGCCGUCUGCCCCAGUCGUCAUCACCGUGCUGGUGGGCUCACGAGGGCCAUUGCUCGUCUUUGGCCCCCUAAGGCCGGCUUCACUCCCACGUGCACACCAGAAUGCAGAACUGCUCCGAGAGGUGGGGCGACCUGGCCUGGGGACCCCACUCGAGCAGACCCGCCUGGCUGGCCUGCUGUGUAACGCAGGGCACACUCCUCACCCUCUCUGGACUCCUCCCGGGGCUAACAGGACACUCGGUGCCUCCUGCCUGGCAAAACCACCUCCUUGCCCCAGGCGCAGGCAUGGGUCCUGGUCUCAAGAAUCUGAGCCCCCAUCUGCUGGGUCACAGUGAUUGGCUGGUCAUAAGCAUGUGGGUUGUGGGUGCAGCUCAGUGGCUGAGCAUGCGCCUUGUGUGCAUGAGGCCUGCAGUUCCAUCUGGGCAAAACGGGGGGCUUGUGGCCAGUGAGAGGGCUUCUGUGGGGCCCUUCUGCUGCUGACAAAAGGGAGGGCACCUGGGAGCCUGGAGAGGGACCCUGGAUCCAGCUGUACCUGACACUGCCAAUCUCAAAACUUCCAUUUCACACACUUAAAUUACCGGCUUGGCAAAAA